GCGCUCGGGAACCGGACGGCUGGGCCAGGCGGCGCCUCGGGGGCUGCUGCGCGCCCGCGCCUAGAGCUGCCGCCCCAGGGAGCCCGCCACGGCCGCGCCCCGGGCACGCUCGGCGGCGCCCAACGAUGACCGCUCCCUGGCGGCGCCUCCGGAGUCUGGUUUGGGAAUACUGGGCCGGGCUCCUCGUGUGCGCCUUCUGGGUCCCGGACUCGCGCGGGAUGCCCCACGUCAUCCGGAUCGGAGGAAUCUUUGAGUAUGCUGAUGGCCCCAAUGCCCAGGUCAUGAAUGCGGAGGAGCACGCCUUUCGAUUUUCUGCCAACAUCAUCAACAGGAACAGGACUCUGCUGCCCAACACAACCUUGACCUACGACAUCCAGAGGAUCCACUUCCAUGACAGCUUUGAAGCCACCAAGAAGGCCUGUGACCAGCUGGCCCUGGGCGUGGUGGCGAUCUUCGGGCCAUCGCAGGGCUCCUGCACCAAUGCUGUCCAGUCCAUCUGCAAUGCCCUGGAGGUGCCCCACAUCCAACUGCGCUGGAAGCACCACCCGCUGGACAAUAAGGACACCUUCUACGUGAACCUCUACCCCGACUACGCCUCCCUCAGCCACGCCAUCCUCGACCUGGUCCAGUACCUCAAGUGGCGGUCGGCCACCGUGGUCUAUGACGACAGUACAGGGCUCAUUCGGCUGCAGGAGCUCAUCAUGGCCCCAUCGAGAUACAACAUCCGCCUGAAGAUCCGCCAGCUCCCCAUCGACUCUGACGACUCGAGGCCCCUGCUCAAGGAGAUGAAGCGAGGCCGGGAAUUCCGCAUCAUCUUCGACUGCAGCCACACCAUGGCAGCGCAGAUCCUCAAGCAGGCCAUGGCCAUGGGCAUGAUGACGGAGUACUACCACUUCAUCUUCACCACUCUGGAUCUUUAUGCAUUAGACCUGGAGCCCUACCGCUACUCAGGGGUCAACCUGACGGGCUUCCGGAUCCUCAACGUGGACAACCCCCACGUCUCAGCCAUCGUGGAGAAGUGGUCCAUGGAGCGGCUGCAGGCAGCUCCUCGAGCAGAGUCGGGCCUGUUGGAUGGAGUGAUGAUGACCGACGCAGCCUUACUCUACGACGCUGUCCACAUCGUAUCCGUGUGCUACCAGCGGGCGCCCCAGAUGACCGUCAACUCCCUGCAGUGCCAUCGGCACAAGGCCUGGCGCUUUGGCGGCCGCUUCAUGAACUUCAUCAAGGAGGCUCAAUGGGAAGGAUUAACUGGAAGGAUUGUUUUCAACAAAACCAGUGGCUUACGGACGGAUUUCGAUCUGGACAUUGUCAGCCUGAAGGAGGAUGGCCUGGAGAAGGUUGGGGUGUGGAGUCCUGCUGAGGGACUCAACAUCACGGAGGUUGCCAAGGGCCGAGGCCCCAACGUCACUGACUCCCUGACUAACAGGUCACUCAUAGUCACCACAGUGCUGGAGGAGCCCUUUGUCAUGUUCCGGAAGUCUGAUAGGACCCUGUACGGGAAUGACCGGUUUGAGGGGUACUGCAUCGACCUGCUCAAGGAACUGGCCCACAUCCUGGGCUUCUCCUACGAGAUCCGGCUGGUAGAGGAUGGCAAGUAUGGGGCGCAGGACGACAAGGGCCAGUGGAACGGCAUGAUCAAGGAGCUCAUCGACCAUAAGGCAGAUCUGGCCGUGGCUCCCCUGACCAUCACUCAUGUCCGCGAGAAGGCCAUCGACUUCUCCAAGCCCUUCAUGACACUUGGUGUGAGCAUCCUGUAUCGCAAGCCCAAUGGCACCAACCCCAGUGUCUUCUCCUUCCUCAACCCCCUAUCCCCAGAUAUCUGGAUGUACGUGCUCCUCGCCUACCUGGGUGUCAGCUGUGUCCUUUUUGUCAUCGCCAGGUUCAGCCCUUAUGAGUGGUACGAUGCUCACCCCUGCAACCCCGGCUCUGAGGUAGUGGAAAACAACUUCACUCUGCUCAACAGCUUCUGGUUCGGGAUGGGGUCCCUCAUGCAGCAAGGCUCUGAACUGAUGCCCAAAGCUCUGUCCACACGCAUCAUUGGUGGGAUCUGGUGGUUCUUCACGCUCAUCAUCAUCUCCUCCUACACGGCCAACCUGGCUGCCUUUCUGACCGUGGAGCGGAUGGAGUCACCCAUCGACUCUGCUGACGACCUGGCCAAGCAAACCAAAAUCGAGUAUGGGGCUGUCAAGGAUGGAGCCACCAUGACCUUCUUCAAGAAAUCCAAGAUCUCCACCUUCGAGAAGAUGUGGGCCUUCAUGAGCAGCAAGCCCUCGGCGCUGGUGAAGAACAAUGAGGAGGGCAUCCAGAGGACCCUGACAGCUGACUACGCACUGCUCAUGGAGUCCACCACCAUCGAGUACGUCACCCAGAGGAACUGCAACCUCACCCAGAUCGGGGGCCUCAUCGACUCCAAGGGCUAUGGCAUUGGCACGCCCAUGGGCUCCCCGUACCGGGACAAGAUCACCAUCGCCAUCCUACAGCUGCAGGAGGAGGACAAGCUGCACAUCAUGAAGGAGAAGUGGUGGCGGGGCAGCGGCUGUCCUGAGGAGGAGAACAAAGAGGCCAGCGCCCUAGGUAUCCAGAAGAUCGGGGGCAUCUUCAUCGUCCUGGCAGCCGGGCUGGUCCUGUCUGUGCUGGUGGCCGUGGGCGAGUUUGUGUACAAGCUCCGCAAAACAGCAGAGCGAGAGCAGCGUUCCUUCUGCAGCACCGUGGCUGAUGAGAUCCGUUUCUCCCUCACCUGCCAGCGUCGGGUCAAGCACAAGCCACAGCCUCCCAUGAUGGUCAAGACUGACGCCGUCAUCAACAUGCACACAUUCAAUGAUCGCCGGCUUCCGGGCAAGGACAGUAUGACCUGCAGCACAUCACUGGCCCCUGUAUUCCCCUAGGCACAGGCCGGGUGGGGACCUCAGGCCUGGGAUAGGGUGGAGGAAAGAAAAGGAGCCAGAAAGGAACGUCCCCGGUCCCCGUGCUGGGCUUGGGGACCACAGCUGCUGCUUGCCUGUUGGGCCAGGAGCCCCUGUGCCCUCCCUAACAGGAAACCAGAAGCCUGAGUCCAGCCAUUUCGGCUUCAUUCUCCUCUCAUUUCUUCUAUGGAUUUCUAAAGCUGCCAGCUGAGAAAGCCAAGGCCAAAGGAAGCACAUGCCUCUCUCAGGCCAAACUCACCUGCUCUUCAACUCUCCUCUGCAAUCAGAAGUUUCUGCCAAGGCCCUGCAGAGGCCAAAGGAAAUAGGAGACAGCUCUCAUGUUGCCCCUCCUUCUCCAUGAUCCCAGCCCUCUUAGGACUUGACCAUGAGACCAGAGGCACAAAACUUGGGCACCCUAAAGAUGUUAUAGUGUGGCUGCCAGUGGGAGCUGAAGAUGAGGGAUGGCCACCCACAUGCCUGGGCAGAAGGAAGAUUUCAUCCCUCAGGGGCUGCUCACGUGAUCCUGGUCAUGUGGACUUGGCCCCCACCAUGGCAGUCCCGUCUUGGCAAAGUCAAAGGCAGAGAGCACAUAGGGGAAAAGAGGAGAGAACCUGGGGCAUGGGAGGGGGAGAAAUGGUGCUAACAGAGGCCACCAUUUUGAAUUCUUAUGGACAGUGUCCCAAUUACUCCCACUCCUCUAGGAAGUCUCUAGGAGUAUAAAUGGUGGAGUGGUAACAUCAAAUUCUUCUCCACUUUCUGGCCAAAGGGGAGAGGGCCCCCUAAGUCCCUCACAGUGACUGCCCAGAGCCUCAGCCCAGCAGAGGAACAGUGGAGUCCAUGGAAAUACCACAGGCCCUCAAGCCAGCAGAUCUUACCUUGCUGGUUAUCAAGCUGCUUUCUAAACCUUGUUGGCAAUUGGGAGCUUGGGCUCUUUCCCAUCUACUCAGCAGCAACUCUCAUUCCUGGCCAGUUCACAUUGGCCUCCCUCUGUCAUCUUGGAAAGAGAAGAGUAGCCUUGUCUAGGUUGAAGUGGAAGCCAGAUCACCCCUCCUCAAAAUAGGGGUCAGUGCCCUACUACACAGGCCAACUUUGGGGUAGAUAGGGAAAGCCAAAGGGGACCCAAAGAACUCCUGGCCUCCUGGACUUGCCAAACCUAAAGAUUAUCCCCAGAAAAAGAAAGUUUUCAGGGGCAGGAUAUUAUAGCUGGGUGGGGUAGGAGAAGCUGCCUCCUGGAAAUUAACCAAAGACCCCACACAGAAACACAAGGUCUUCCUAGCCCCUCAUCUCUUGUCCAAAGCAGCUGUGACAUAUGGGGUUUGGGGAAGACAGCAGAGUAGUAGCAGCAAGUGAGGGACCAGUGAGGGCGGUGAACCAGAUGGUCUGUGGUUCCACUGAGCUGUGAUGCUCUAGAGGUUUGUGACUUCAAGAUUCUGGACAAAGAAUAAGACAUAGAAGGGUUAGGAACAAAGUGUCCUUAAAGAGAACAUGAUGGGACCAGCAGGACUUCCCAUGGCCAAGGCCCGAGGGUCAGUUGUGAGUAGUGGAAGGAGGCUGGACAUUCUGGGCAGGGAACCAGAGAUCCCCAGCCACUCCCCUCCCACCCCUCUCCUCUUUCUGCUUGGGAAGCUUGGUUAAGGAAGAGCUACCUUUAGAUUUCAGGUACCUUCUCAGCUGGGGUGAAGGGUAAUCUCUAGUUCUCCCCAGGAACUCCCAAAGUAGAAGACCACAGUGGGCUUGUGGGAUAUAUACUGUCCCUCCUCCAAUUCAUGAGAUUCAGGACCAAACCAGGUGGUUCCCAGAACCACAGCAGCUCUGACAGGCUGUGCACCUUGGAGGAGGAAGGAGAAGGCUGAAUGUGCAGCGUAGCUCAUCGCAUGUAAUGAUAGGAAAAGCCGUGCUAUCUGAGCUUCUGGUGUAUGUCUGUGUGUGUGUGUGUGUGUGUGUG